AUGGUGGCGAGACCGAGGUCACCGUGCGACGCGCUGCUGCCGCAGUUCUACGCGGGUAGGGACGUGUUCAUCACCGGGGCUACUGGUUUUAUGGGGAAAGUGCUGAUCGAGCGUUUGCUGUCCACGUGUCCAGACGUCGGCCGACUGCACCUGCUCUUGAGAUACAAGAAGGGAGAUGCUCCCGAGAAACGUCUGCUCGGACUCAAACAAUCACAGGUGUUCGAUGUGGUCCGUCAGAACAACCCGUCCCAGCUCGACAAGCUGUGCAUAGUCCCGGGCGACGUCGCACAGCCGGGCCUCGGUAUACCUGGGACUUAUUUGAAGCAAUUACAAGAGGUGUCGAUAGUGUUUCACUCAGCGGCCACACUCAAGUUCGACGAGGCUCUACCCACAGCAGUGGAGCAGAACGUGCUCUCUGUGAUGCGUCUCAUGGAUAUUUGUGACACUCUUCCUAAUUUGCAGGCUCUGAUUCACGUGUCUACAGCAUACAGCAACCCUGAGCUCAGCGUGGUUGAGGAGAAGGUGUACCCCGCCCCAACAUCCGUUUCCCGGCUCCUGGCCCUCGUGGAUGCUGUGCCGCCAUCACUGCUGGCCAGCAUCACUUCAGAAUACAUCAAACCGAAGCCGAACACCUAUACUUUUACCAAAGCCAUGGCGGAGGAGGUCGUCCAGAGCCGCGCCAACAAAUCCUACCCUAUUGCUAUCUUCAGACCAACUAUUGUGAUAUCCUCACUCCGCCAUCCCUAUCCUGGAUGGAUUGAGAACUUGAACGGACCGAGUGGUGUAGUGGCAGCCGCUGGCAAGGGCUUGCUUCACGUCUUCUGCAGGAAAUCCAAGGCGAGGGCCGACUUAAUGCCAGUCGAUAUCGCCAUAGAUACGCUACUUGCUAUAGCUUGGGAGACUGCUGUGGACAAGUUACCAGAAGUCCGCGUGUAUAAUUGUAGCACGUUUGAGAAUCCGACCACGUGGGGGCAGUUCGAGGAAGCUCUACACAAGUUCCUGCCACAGUAUCCCAUGGACAACUGCCUGUGGUACCCCAGUGGCUCCGGCGUCGAGAACAGAUACUUGCAGAAAAUACUGGCGUUCUUUUUACAGACCCUUCCUCUAUAUAUGGCAGAAUAUAUUAUUCGAACACUUGGAAUAAAGAUGAGGAUAAGUCUUAUAACAGCGGACCAGAAGAUGCGUGCAAUGAGCGAUGUCCUCACGUUCUUUAGCUUACGAGAGUGGGAGUUUAAGACAGGCAAUAUAGCGCGGCUUCGCGCGAGGCUCUCGGCGAGCGACCGCUCCAUAUACAACCUAGAUCCAAAGACUAUAGACUGGGAAGAUCAUUAUAAGAACUUCAUCAAAGGCACCAGAAAGUACUUGCUUAAGGAAAAAGAUCAAAACCUAGAAGAGGCGAGAAGACACGUCAAUAGAAUGUACAUCUUACACAAGGCCGUAUUAUUCUUCUUGGCGAUCCUUCUCUUCAGGCUGCUGUUGCAGAGCACAUCAAUUCGUGACAUCGUGUAUGGAUUUGUGAGACUGAUGCUAUCUCUUUUCUUCGCAGCGUACAGCCGUGCGAUAGAAGUUGUA